UCAGUAAAGCGGAAGUGACGUGCCAAAGCCGGUUAAAAGCAGUUCUUCACGUUGCCGGAGUGUAGAGUUUUUGACGUUGUGGCUGUUUGUACCUCACGUUUUUUUCUGGAAAAAUGGGUGACCCCGUUGCCAACUAUACUUCACGACUUCAGCAACAGGAAGGAGAAAUUAAGUUGCUUCAAGAUGAAAUCGAGAGGCUGAGAGAUCCACAGGAGCUGAACUUCACAUCUUCACAGCUGGAUGAGUUGCGGGAGGAGAAUUCUCGUCUGAAAUAUCGUCUCAACAUUCUGAAAAGAAGUUUACAGGAGGAGAUGAGCCAAAACGACAAUGAGAUGUUGAACAUCAACCAGCGUUUGCAACAGAUCUUUGGGGAGGCCAUCAAUACCGCCUACCCUGGCCUAGAGAACCCGCCACUUACGGUCACCCCUAACCAGCAGGCCAAGUUUGGUGAUUACCAGUGUAAUAGUGCCAUGGCAAUGGCUCAGGUGAUGAAAGCUAAAGGACGGAAGAUCAGUCCCAGGGAGAUAGCAGAGAAGAUUGUCCAAAACAUUCCCAACAAUGAAUUAAUUGAGAGAACAGAAAUCGCAGGGCCAGGGUUUAUCAACGUUCAUCUCAAGAGGAUGUUUGUCUCUAAACUCCUCUCAAGCCUGCUUGUGAAUGGAGUGAAGCCUCCAUCUUUGAAGAAGAAAAAGAAGGUUGUUGUAGACUUCUCCUCACCUAACAUUGCCAAAGAGAUGCAUGUGGGUCACCUGCGGUCCACAAUUAUUGGAGACAGUAUGUGUCGACUCUUUGAGUUCCUGGGUUAUGAAGUGCUAAGGUUGAACCAUGUUGGAGACUGGGGGACACAGUUUGGGAUGCUCAUUGCUCAUUUGCAAGACAAAUUCCCAAAUUAUCUCAGUGUUUCCCCACCCAUUGGUGACCUUCAGGCUUUCUACAAAGAGUCGAAGAAAAGGUUUGAUGAGGAUGAGGAGUUUAAGAGGAGGGCCUACCAGUGUGUGGUUAAACUUCAGAGCAAAGAGCCAGACUUCAUCAAAGCCUGGAACCUCAUCUGUGAUGUUUCCCGCAAUGAGUUUCAAAAGGUCUACAACUGCCUGGAUAUCCGCAUAGAAGAGAGGGGAGAGUCCUACUACCAGGACAUGAUGACAGCUGUGAUAAAAGAGUUGAGGAAAAAGGUACAGCUUGAGGGCUCUUUGACUUCUAAUGUUUGUUGUUUUACUGUCUAAUAGUAAAAGUCUAUG